AUGAGUGAUGAUGAUAAUGCAUUUGAAGAAAUCCGAAAACUUCAAAAUGCAAGAAAAAAUAAAGUGAAAUUAUAUGAUGAUGAUGACGAUGACAACCAUAGUGAAAAAUAUGAUAGAUCAAUAUCAACAAGUAAACAUAAAUCAUCAAAAAAAACAUCAUCGUCUUCUUCAAAAAGAAAUUAUGACGAUGAUGAUGAUAAUGAUGAUACUAAUGAAAGAUUAUCAUUAAAAAGAGAAUUUGAAUCAUAUUCUGCACCAAAACAUAUUUUAGAAACUGUACCAGUUGAUGAUGAUUAUGAUCCAACAAAAAGUUAUAGACAACCAACAGUAGCAGAACAAGAAAAUGAAUAUAGAUCAAGAUGGAGAAAAAGAGGUUUAAGUCCACCAAGAGAUUAUGAUCCAUUUACAGGUAAAGGUGAGGUUAUGGGCAGAACUUAUAGAGAUAUUAUGAUGGAAAAUCAAUUGGUAAGAGAGGAGAAAGAAAUUUUACAAAAAAUUGAAAAAAAGAAAAAAGAAGAACAAGAAUUAGAAAAACAAAGAAAACGACAAGAAGAAUAUGAUAACAAACAUAAUAAAAAGCAUAAAUCUGAUAGUAAUAGUAGUAAUAAUAAUAAACAUGGUGGUGGUGAUGUUACACCUCCAUAUAGGUCAUCAUCUAGUAGCAAUAGCAGUAGUAGCAGUAGUAAAUGGUUUUAUAAAGUAUUUAAAAAUGGUGAAGUUAUUGAAGACCUUAAAGAAAUUAAAAAUGAAGAAAUAUUAACAUUUGGAAGAGACCCAUCAAGAAAUAAAAUCUUAUUAGAACAUCCAAGUUGUAGUUCAGUUCAUGCAUCAAUUUCAUUUAGUAAUUCUAAUAAAAGACCAAUACUAUUAGAUUUAAAUAGCACUAAUCAAACAUUUUUAAAUGGUAAAGAAGUUACACCACGUAAACCAUCAGACUUAUAUGAAGGUGAUAAAAUUAAAUUUGGUGCCAGUACUAGAGAAUAUAUAAUUUUUAAAAGAUGA